AUGCCACGACUCAGUCAGUACGAUUAUGUCUUUGCCCUUGGCACUUUGUUUGCCAUGCUCGAUGCCUACAAUAACGGCGCCAACGAUGUAGCAAACAGCUGGGCCACCAGCGUCUCUUCAAGAUCUAUCACGUACCAACAAGCCAUGGUACUCGGAGCUGUGUUUGAGAUGCUUGGGGCCAUCACAGUUGGUGCCCGAACUGCAUCCACCAUCAAGAACAAGAUCAUUCCCCUCGAGGCCUUCCAAGACAACGCCGGCGUCCAGAUGCUCGCAUUCACUUGUGCACUUGCUGGGGCAUCUUCAUGGGUCAUGUGGUGCACACGACAUUCUGCCCAUGUCUCAUCGUCCUACUCGCUGAUCUCGGCCGUCGCCGGUGUGGGCGUCGCCGUCGCUGGAGCCUCUCAAGUCGAAUGGGGUUGGAAUGGUGGUCAAGGCCUCGGUGCGAUAUUCGGCGGUUUAGGACUGGCUCCUCUCAUUUCCGGGGGUUUUGCUGCGACAAUAUUCAUGCUCAUCAAACUGGUUGUGCACAUGCGGAAGAAUCCCGUGCCAUGGGCUGUCUUCACCUCGCCAUUUUUCUUCCUCAUAGCUGGCACUAUCUGCACUCUAUCCGUGGUCUACAAGGGCUCUCCGAACCUCGGUCUAAACAAAAAGCCCUCGUGGUACAUUGCUUCCGUCACCCUGGGCGUUGGCGGUGGCCUUUUCAUUCUGUCCGGCAUCUUCUUCGUCCCCUGGCUCCACGCAAAGGUUAUUAAGAAGGAUCACACUGUCAGAAUCUGGCAUCUGCCCAUGGGUCCGCUGCUCUGGAAGCGACCGUACCCAUCUGACACCAUAGAGAGAGCGAAUGUUCCGGACUACGCCGUCGUUCAAAAGCACGACGACGACGACGAUGAAGCCUCGACUCAUUCGCCAGCAGACUCUUUGAGUCAGGAUGUUGACAAGGUUGAGGCUGACGUCAAACGCCACUCCGCCGGUGCAGGAGAGAAGAGACUCGCAGAAGUCGAGGCUCAGGCCACGCAAUUGACCUACAAGGAACGACUUGCCGAAGCCCAAGAGAGGUUCCACGCACGUCUCCGGAAGAAGCGUGGCCCUCUUGGCUGGGCCAUGCGCACUCUGCACCACAAUCCUAUCGGUGAGGGCGAGAUCUACGAGCUCCGCAACAUCAAAACCUUCCUAAUCCGUGUCCCGGCCAUGCUCGUCGUCGCCGUGCUGUACGGCGUGAACUACGACAUCCACUCGGCCCAGACCGGUAUCGCGGGCACGCCCGAGGGUCGGCGCAUGGAGCGCGUGUAUUCUCACGCAACCAAAUACCCCAACGAAGUCGAGCACACGUACUCGUUCGUGCAGGUCAUCACGGCGUGCACGGCGUCCUUCGCCCACGGCGCCAACGACAUCGGCAACGCGGUCGGGCCCUGGGCCGUCAUCUACUCAGCCUGGUCGACGGGAGAUGCCGCCAAGUCCAAGGCCGAAGUGCCCGUGUGGCAGCUCGCCGUACUGUCGGCCACGCUCUCGGUGGGGCUCAUCACGUACGGAUACAACAUCAUGAAGGUCAUGGGCAACAAGAUCACCUACCACUCGCCGUCGCGCGGCUCUUCGAUGGAGAUGGGCGCCGCCAUCACCGUGCUCUUGUUCUCGCAGUACUCGCUCCCCGUCUCCACCUCGAUGUGCAUCACCGGCGCCACCGUCGGCGUGGGCCUGUGCAACGGCACCUGGAAGGCCGUCAACUGGCAGCGGGUCGGGCUCUUGCUCUUCUCCUGGAUCAUGACCAUCCCGAUCGCCGGCACGCUGGCGGGUUGCAUCAUGGGCGUCAUGCUCAAUGCUCCCCACUUCUUGUAG